ACCGCGAGAGCAAACACGCUGCCGUCUACACCGGCAUUUGCACGAAGCCGGCCACGGCGUUUGGUUUCCAGGGCAAUGACGAAGUUAACUCGCGUGUGUCUUUCGUUGCGUGCCUGCUUUUCUACCCAGGUGCGACCGCUAGCAGCGGUACCGAGCCAUGCACCGGUUCCCGUGGUAACCUGCAAACGGCAGCAGUUCAAUCUGUACCAGUGCGAUCUACCGGCGAACCCGGAACGGAUCAAGUUUGGCGAACUGCCGCUCGCUUCCGACGGGUGGCGACAUCGACGCUCCAAUGGAGAUUACUUCAUCAUUCAUCCGGUGCAGCGGGCGUUCGAAGCCUACGGGCUGAGCGAGCGAACGUUUGCCGAGCUCGGGAUACGUGAGUCGUUGGUGGAAAAUCUUAAAAAACAACAUGUGCUUUCACCGACCCACUACCAGGCGGAAGGUAUUCAGGCAAUGCUUGACGGUAGCCAUAUGUUGCUGGCCGCUGAGACGGGAUGUGGCAAAACCUACACGUACCUGGUGCCGGUGGUGGAACAAAUUCUGCGUCGCAAGUUGCACGAAAAGCAGCGUGAUUUUAACACUCCACUGAUGCUGAUCAUUACGCCCGGUCGUGAGCUGGCCCAGCAGAUCGGAACGGUUGCGACGAAGCUUACGGAUGGUUUAGGCAUCAACACGCGCGUGGUGCUUGGUGGCAGGACGAAGCAACAGAUGCUGAAUCCUUCGUUCGAAGAAAUCGACAUACUGGUGGCAAGCUUCGGAGCCAUCAGCAAGCUCGUAACGAAUGGGAUUUAUCGUAUGGAGGAGGUCCGGUACGUCGUACUGGAUGAAGCGGACACACUGCUCGACGAUAGCUUCAAUCCGAAGCUGAUGCACCUCAUGAAACGCUUCCCGUUCCACAAGAACCAUCUGCAGGAUCUGGGGGAAGACAUUCAAGGCACGCAGAUGAUACUGGCUGCCGCCACAAUGCCCUCCAACAUGGAAGACCUACUAUCGAAGCUGAUCAAUGUGGAAACGAUCGAGCAAGUGGUAAGCCCCAAUCUGCAUCGUCUUAUGAGCCACGUUACGCAACGGUUCAUGCGCGUACGCAAAUCAGAUCGACCACAGAUUCUACUCGAUCUCGUCCGUACGGAUGCGAAGCGGAAUGUGCCAACGAUCAUUUUUAGCAACAAAACACCUGCCUGCGAUUUUGUGUCGAUGCAUCUGAACGCACACGGCUUUCCGUGCGUUAAUCUGAACGGAGACAUGGUGCUGAAGUUACGGUUGGGACAGUUUGAAAAGUUCCAGCAGGCGGAAGUAAACCUUCUCUCGACAACGGAUGUGGCAAGCCGUGGACUGAACACGAUCCGUGCGGCGCACGUGAUAAAUUUCGACUUUCCCCUGUAUACCGCGGAUUACAUUCAUCGGGUGGGACGUAUCGGGCGCAUCGGAAGCAGUAAUGAUUGUUUGGCAACGAAUCUUAUUUCAAGCCAGGCCGAAAUUGGUGCCGUACAGCGAUUGGAACAUGCGGCCCGAACGACCAGCUUGCUGCGGAACGUGGAUGCGAACGUGAAGGGCAUCAUUCGGCGAAGGGUGAUGAAGAGCAUGGGAAUACCGAACAAAGGGAUGGUUCCAGAGCCUGUGGUGAAGAUAUAAAAC